GUGCUCACACAGACCAUACGUACUUCUGAAUGUGGUUUGGCAGGAUCCCCAAGGAAAGUCUGAGCGAGCAGAGACAAAUCCUGGAAGGUGGAAAAGAGCGAGCUAGUUCACCAGCAGAAGUUCCGUGUUCCACUUCAAGCCCUCGGAAACUGAUCCUUCCUGUGCUGGUUUUUGGAAGUCCCGUGGUCUUAGGACGGUUCGAGCCCCAGGGGGUGCUGCGCCUUUAAUCACCAGGCAAGUGCAGCGCAGGGAUGAACUGGUCUGGACUUGAGAGUCUGCUGACUGGAGUCAACAAGUACUCCACUGCCUUUGGGAAGAUCUGGCUGUCCAUGGUCUUUGUCUUACGGGUGCUGGUGUUUGUGGUGGCGGCCCAGAGAGUUUGGGGCGAUGAGAACAAAGACUUUGUGUGCAACACACGCCAGCCGGGCUGUAUCAACGUCUGCUACGACCACAUCUUUCCCAUCUCCCACAUCCGCCUGUGGGCACUGCAGCUGAUUUUUGUCACCUGCCCUUCGCUGAUGGUGAUGGCUCACGUCAAAUUCCGAGAGGGAAAGGACAAGAAAUAUGUGGCGGAGCACCCUGGUGGUUCCCACUUGUACGCCAACCCAGGCAAGAAGAGAGGAGGGCUGUGGUGGACCUACCUGGUUAGUUUGGUCUUCAAAGCUGGCUUCGACAUCUCAUUCCUCUACAUCCUGUAUCGGAUCUACCAUGGAUAUGACCUGCCAAAGCUAUCCAAGUGUUCACUGGCCCCGUGCCCCAACACCGUGGACUGCUUCAUUAGCCGGCCAACUGAGAAGAAGAUUUUCAUGGUGUUCAUGGUCACCUCCAGCGCACUGUGCAUCUUCAUGUGUAUUUGCGAGAUGGUUUAUCUCAUUAGCAAGCGCAUCGCCAAACAUCUCCAGGACCGUCACGAGAAUGAAAGAAAGCUGUUUGCUGACCAGCACGAGAUGACCAACAUGGCCCCGCCCCGGUCACUGUACAGGAAGACUGAUCCGACACGCGACAGCAAACUAAGUUUAAACAAGAGGGAGAAAGCCAAAGAAAUUGGUGCAACGACCACGUUGUAGACGGAAAUACUUUUUUUUUUCUAUAACGCAUAAAGUUGACUGACAAAGAACACGCUGUGGGAGGUGGUAUUUUCAAGAAGAGGAAUAGCCUUGCUUUGUUUGCUUCUUCUCUUUCAAAGAAAACCAUCCAGCAGAGGACUUUAAUAGUCCAAACAAUGAGGACUGUUGGAACUACUUGCACACCAGCAUUCAGCGUUAUUCCUUUGACAAAUCAAACAUGGCACUUUGGCUGAAAGGAUGGAAGACCUUUAUGGUGCCGUUACAGGUGCUGGUGUGGCUGACAUAAGAAAGACAAUCCCCGAACCGAAUGAAUCAUUGAGAACAUAUCAUACACAGUGGAGCCUGUUUAAGUCGACCUCAUUCACGGCGACCUGCCCUCUAAGUCCAUAGAGUCAUCAAGUCCAGGUUCAUCGUGUGCCCGUUUAAGUCGACGUAGAAAUAGUUGUCAACCGCUUUUAAAUUAAAUCAGUUCAAUAGAAAAUCAGUUUUGUCAUAAUCAAUGAAGAUUUCAAUCAUGCACAAAUGUCAACAAUCUGCAGCAGGUUCAAAAAUGGUCUUAAAAUCGCCCAUAUUCCUUAUGUCUCUGGUGAAAGGCCCAAGUAAAUGCGCAAGCAAUGGCUAAUACGUCAACAACCGCUUACGUCGACGCAAGUCAGACAAUCCGAGUGAUGUCGGCCUAAACAGGUUCCUCUGAAGCCCCUUAACAAUCAUGUUUAUCAUAAAAAAAAGCCUUACGUUGGAGGAGUUUCAUCUUCAUGAACACUUUUAUGAUUUUGUUCAGGCGAACAAAAUGCAGUAAUUCAUUUUCACGAUUUUAUGUUUACACACCACUACAAUGGAAGGAUUUAUUUCGAAACAUUCAACGUGUAAUUCAAUCUAGAUUUUCGGUAAUGUUGUUAUUGUCUUAGAAUGGAUCACUCUAAUUAUAACCCUAAACAAACCUUAAACAAUUUCCCUUGUGGAUCAAUAAAAUGUUGUCUAAGUCUAAGUCUAACCCCUCAAGGAAAAACCCAAUCAUAAUAUUAAUAAUGGAUAGGAGUCAUUUAAAUCUUUUUUCUAGUGACUCUCAGCAUGUAACACCGAGAACUUGUUAUUCAUUUCCUCAUUCACUGGCGGUAGUAAUCUACAUUUGGAGCUAGCCUGUGGUAGACUGACACAAAGUGUGGCUCCCGAUUCGCGCUACCGGCCUGGCCGACCUACACAUGUAUUGACUUUUAUACACCAGUGUGAGCGGCACUGGGAGCUAGGUGGGUGAAGUGUUUUGCCCAAGUGACUAGGAUGGAAGAUGGAUAUGUACGUAUUAGGGUUGUACGGUAUACUGGUACUAGUAUAGUACUGCGAUACUAAUGAAUCAUAUUCGGUACUAUACCGCCUCUAAAAAGUACCGGUUUUAUUUUAUUCAAGGACUAAUAAUAAACAUAUGUUUAAGGUACCCUAAGAUUUUUUGUUAAAAUACAGUCAAUAAUGCCAUUUUUUGAGGUCCCCUUUAUUUAGAAAAGUAUCGAAAUACAUUUUAGUACCGGUACCGGUAAUAGAGGGGGAAAUACUUUAUUUAAAGCUCGAAAUCUACAAAUAAUCACACACAGAUUGUUUUAUUUCAAAUCCAUUGCGGUGUGUAAAGGCAAAAUCCUAGAAAUGGUGUCAUUGUCCGAAUACCACUUCUGUACCUAUCUGUAGUAAUGUUUAGAGUACUGUACAUAGAAUAGGUGAUUCUCUGUUGUAGCUCUAUUUGCUUCUGGUUAAAGGUAGUUCUUACAUUUGGCCUGUUGUGUAGAUGCAUACACCAGAGGGCGCUAGACUUCUCCCAAAGACGGCCCCGGCUGAAGCUGACACAGCUAUGCUAUGCAGACGAUUUCUACGGAUGUGUGUGUGUGUUGAAGUCAAGGGUGUGUUUAACCACAAAAAAGGGUGUGUUGUGUGCGUGAAAGUACUUGGGGAGGCGGACUGUCCUUUGUUCCAAGGUGAACCCUUGAAAUGCCGCCUCAGCAGGCGGAGAAGGCGUCAUGUGGACGUGUGUGGUAUCAGCUCGCACUUCUUGCUGAGGACUCGCAGAAUAAGGCGGAGGUGCUAAUUCAGGGAUGCAAUAAUAACUGGAACGAUCCCUUGCUGCUGAAACAUGCUUUAUGUUAGGGGUGUCCAAACUUUUUCACCUGAGGUUCGUUUGCCGAAACAUUUUAUAGGGAGAUGCACUUUUUGCGGGGAAUUUUGCCAAUUGCUCACAAUCCUUAUAAGAGACAAGAAGACAAAAGGUUUUCGGGUUUUUUUUUUUGCAUUAUAAUUUGUAAUAAUCGGCUCGUUCUUGGCAGCUAGCAAUGCAGCUAAUGGGAUUCCACCUAAUUCUACCUCUAAAUCACUUUAAAAAUGCAUCCGAACAAUACUUCAUUUAUGUUCUGUAACCUGUAUAAUCAUGUUCGUCCUUCGUUUUCGAAAAUGACCAGGUGACUUCACGUUGAUUUGUGUGUGCGAAGAUGGCUGAUGAGGCCAAUCCUUGCGCGGAAUGACCGGCUGCAGUGAGGGCAGGUUAUGGCUGGGGUGUGGCUGGCUGAGAGGAAGGAACUGUCUCUGGUCUUGCGGAGCUGUCGCUUCUGUUCGGCUUCAUGGAUGCGUUUUUCCUCGAAGUCUGCUACACCAUGCCAGACUGCAGAGCGCCAGUUUGAACGGUGUUGGGCAUCGGCUUCCCAGGUCUCUGGGUCCAGACCUCCAGCCCUUGAGACUGGCCUUUAGGGUAUCCUUAAAGCGUUUCCGCUGUCCGCCGCGUGAGCGCUUUCCAUGGUGCAGUUCACCGUACAGGAGCAUUUUUGGUAGGCGUUCAUCUGACAUGCGGCAGACAUGGCCAGCCCAUCUCAGCUGGGAACGCUUGAGGAUGGCAUAGAUGCUCUCCAUCUCAGCCCUGUGGAGGACCUCAGUGUCUGGGAUCUUGUCCUGCCACCUGAUGUUGAGCAGCCUCCUGAGGGAUCUCAUGUGGAAGGCGUUAAGCUGUUUAGCAUGCCGGCUGUAUACAGUCCAGGUCUCACAGGCGUACAGCAGGGCGAGUAGGACAACAGCACGGUAGACCUUAAGUUUGGUCCGUAGGCUAAGCCCUCUGCGCUCCCAGACAGAACUGCGGAGUCGGCCAAAUGCAGCACUUCCAUGCGCUAUCCUAUGCAUGACCUCCUCGUCGAUGUUGCCCACGCGUGACAAGGUGCUACCCAGGUAGACAAACUUUUCAGCAGCUUUGAGGUCUUCACCAUUUACGCUGACGAGGGGCUCAGUGUACAAUGUUCUGUAACCUGAAUAAUAACCAAACAGUAGCAACGUUGUUAUUGUAAGAGUGAACACUGAGGAACUCUCUUAUUAUUAGCCGUAAGCUACGGCAAGAGGUAAGCUAGCAACUACGUCAACAGCUGAAUGGCUUUUGACUUUGUAAUACACAACACUGUGAUAGAACACCAAUCGGUACUUAGUGAAAAACAUGAUCAAUCAUAUUACAGUAUCUGUAAAGUAUUAUUUCAUGUUUUGUUUGUACACAGCUAGCCAGACAGUGUAUGUACUGUAGAUGUACUAACAAGCAUGCUGUGCUGCGUGUAUCAUGAUCAAUAUCAUAGUGACUCACUCCAUGGGCAGUCUGGUCCAGCCGGCCAAGGGGGCAUAUUUUUCCGGUUUGUUUUGAAUUAGUACUGCAUUAAUACCAGCAUAACUUGGCUCCAAGUUCCACGUUUACACCGUGACCAAGUCACGCCCCGACCUCACUCUCUCGGCUUCCGUCUGCUCCUGCCCUUCCUUCGUGCUGGCGUCUAGAAGCAGUAGUUCGUCCUCCGUAUAUUCAGCUUCAAAAAGAUAAUGUUGUGAAUCUUCACUUGUCCAAAAAUCGUCGCCUUUGUUGUUCGUUACCAAGUCUGCCAUGAUUACACACUUGCUUUUGUUUACGGAAGCAGGAACACACAUUUGUUGCCGUAGGUCGGACGUGCGUCGCUAUGGAAAUGGAAAUAAAUGCGAAAGGAAAGAAGUCCCGGUAAUGCUUAAAAUGACCAAAAAACGGUAAACAUUGUACAUAUUAUAUAUUAGGACAUAUUACAUAUUGUUAUUGUCAGGCUUGGUUAUGUUUGGGUUUUCCUGUGUUUACAAUCACUUCCUGUCUUGGUGCUCUUGUUUUGUCAGUGUUUCCUGUUUGGUCUCAGUGUUUUGCAGCACCUUUACUUUCUGUUCCAUGUCCUGUCAGCACACCUGUUCCUCCUUUAAUUAGUUCUACUUAGUUCCACCUGGGUCCCUCCUUCAGGGCUUCCUCGUCUGAUGCUUUGUGUGCUGUUCUGGUUCCUUACUUCCUUUGUAAGUCAGUAAUUGUUCUCUACUUGCAUUUCCGUCUGCCAAAAUGGGUUUUUGAGGAUGGUGGAUCAGGACUUGAUGAGUCAUAAACAGGACCGACUUCAAUUGGUUCCAAUCUACUGGGUUUUCAGAAUAUACUGAGGGGCAAUACAACUUUGGACACCCCUGGUUGACAUUGUGUAGAUGUUUGUGUUGUGAUGUUGUUGUACAGUUCCAGUGCUCAGGACAUAUAUCAGACUAUGUAUCAGACCACUUUAGAUUAAGACCUGACCUGGGAGCAAUCAAACAGACCUGAUUGGAUGUUUAAUUAAGUCCAAUUAUAUUCCAGAGAGACAUAAUACAUAUCACAUGUUUAUUAGUCCGGGAUCUCCACUUUGAGCUACUUGUCAGUUAUUUAUUUUCUGAUGUGUGUUUUGGACUGGGAAAAAUGAUAGCCACUUACUUUAUUAUUUGACAGAGUCUGAAUCUACAACACAAAUACAACGUUGAAACAACAUGCUUUUUGACAACGUUUAUUCAACGUAGGGUUCUGACGUUGAUUUGACAUUGAAAUUUGAUCAUUUCCCAACCAAUAUUCUACAACACAAAUACAACGUUGAAACAACAUGUUUUUUUGACAACGUUUAAUUAGUCUUGGGUUGUGACGUUGAUUUGACAUUGAAAUUUUUGUCAUUCCCCAACCAAUAUUCUACAACACAAAUACUACAUGCUUUUUGACGACGUUUAAUCAAUGUCGGGUUGUGACGUUGAUUUGACCAUUGAAAUGUGGUCAUUUUAGAGUCUGAAUCCACCGAGGAUGGUCUAUAGAUUAGCCACGCACAAUUAUGUCUACAAAUCUAUGUUACAAAUCAUAUUUGGGAGGGUGAAAAAAUUUCGCUUUUAACUUUUUAGCACGGUGUCAUACGAUUAUAUAUAUAUAUUUUUUUUUUUUACUGUGUUCUGAUGAAUUAGACGACAUAACCCGACUGGAUAUGAACAGUUCUGAUUAUUUUGGUUGGAUCAUCAAACUUUCAUUUGAUACUAUUUGUUCUGUGUCUGUCCACACUGAUGUUGUUGUGCACUGCAAUGUGUAAAAUGCUGCAUUCCUCGUGCUUAUUUAUAAACAUAGACCCAACCUGUAAAUAGUAUUUUAGUUUUUUCAUGACAUCCAAGCCAGGAUUAAGUAACAGUGAAGUGAUGACUUAGGUCUCUUCAAUACAUUCGGGUAAACAUGUUUUUUUUUUAAAUCAUUGAUUUUCAAAUGUACAAUUUCUAUUUUUUCAAAUUAAAGAUAUUCCA